CCGCACUACGUCGUCUCUCCGGCGCCAAAGCCUAUAAACGUCCUAAGGCAGACAUCUUACAAUGUAAAGACAUUGUUGCCCAAGACUUUCUUAGGGAGUAUGAGAAAUGAAAAACAACAGGGAAAUUCAGUAUGGGAGGGCGAUGCUCCUCCCCUAGCUUUGGGGAUGAGCCAUCCACGCUUCUGCAUCCUCACUUCCGUUACCACGGAGCCGAGCGUCACGGCUUCUCCACGCGGAAUUCUGGGAACUCAUCGGCUUCGGGUUGACUUGUUAGCCAUCUGUACCCCUGGCACUGAGUUAUUUUAACCAGGAACCUCUAGAAUGUCCGCCAGAUGCUUCUGAGAUCGACAGUAAUUGCGUCUCGGGCGAGAAAGAAGGAGCGAGGUUUGAAAGGCUACAUGGAACAUGCACCUGACUCUCUGACAACGAUCAGCCGUGUGGUCAGUGGCACCGUUGAGACAUCUCUCUUUUCUGAUUUCUGCCUUUUAGGCUCUGCACCUCCCAGAAGGACGGGUAAAAAGCCCAUGGAGGCAGUAACAUUCAAGGAUGUGGCCGUGGUCUUCACUAAGGAGGAGUUCAGGCUGUUGGACUCUGCCCAGAGGAAGAUGUACCAAGAUGUGAUGGUGGAGAAUUUUCGGAACCUGCUCUCAGUGGAGUAUCAACUUUUCAAACGAGAUAAACCACGCUUAGAAAGAGAAGAGAAGCCUCGAAUGAGGAGGGCAGCCCAGAGGGAGCAAGAUUUAGGAACUAAGGAUCAGCAUGAGAGAGGGGCUGUCCGAGGUGGAGGGUCACCUGAAGCCCUUUCCUGCUGGCAAAUCUGGCAGUGGGUCACGGACGACAUAACCACGUGUCAAGACUCUGUGGUAAAUACUCCACAGUUGCAGGGCCAGUCAUCUGCUCACGUUUCUGAAGAUGAGAACUGUAUAAAGAGUCAUACAAUAAAUGUCCCCAUCAGUACCAGAAGGCUCCGGCUUCCCACUUUGAGAACCCAGAAAACUUUCCUGACUGAGCCACAGAAUUGUAAGGAUCAAUACCAACAAGUCUCCAAGAGAAAUGAACCAAGUCAGAGUAAACAGGGCAUUCACUCUACAAGUUGGCUUCUGCAUCCCCACUCUGAUCACAGAGUACACAAAAGUCAGGAGUCGUAUGGCCCCAGUGAUCAUGGGGGAGACGGUGUGGAGGUGGCGCCAUUUGACCAGAAUGGAGUGAGUCACACUAGACAGAAAAGCUCCCAAUACAAAGAAAUCGGUCCCGAUCCCUCCAGCUCUGAUGCUCACCAAGUGUUAGACUCAGGAGAGAGGGCUUGUGCAUGUGUCGGCUAUGGAAGAGGCGUCCCUUGUGGCACAGAUGGCUGUGUUCAUCAAGGAGCUCACCCAGGAGAAGAACGUAAGGAGCUCGGCCGUAACCCACAUCUCCGCACCCAUCAGCAGGCCCACACAGCAGGGAAGCCGUACACAUGUGAGCACUGCGGGAAAGACUUCAGCUGUAGAUCGGCCCUCAGUGUCCAUCUGAAAGUGCACACUAGGGAGAGACCUUACAAUUGUGAGGCGUGCGGCAGUGCCUUCAGCCAGGCCUCCCACCUCCAGGACCACCAGAGACUGCACACUGGGGAGAAACCGUUCAAAUGCGAUGCCUGCGGCAAGAGUUUCAGUCGCAACUCACACCUGCGGUCCCACCAGAGGGUCCACACCGGAGAGAAACCGUACAAGUGCGAGGAGUGCGGGAAGAGCUUCAUUUGUAGCUCGAAUCUCUACAUCCACCAGCGAGUCCACACAGGAGAGAAGCCCUAUAAGUGUGUGGACUGCGGGAAAGAAUUUAGUCGCCCUUCGAGUCUUCAGGCCCAUCAGGGCAUUCACACCGGAGAGAAAUCAUACGUAUGUACUGUGUGCGGUAAAGGCUAUACUCUGAAUUCAAACCUCCAAGUCCACUUGAGAGUCCACACCGGAGAGAAGCCGUACAGUUGCGAUGUGUGCGGGAAGGGCUUCAGUCGCUCUUCACAGCUGCAGUCCCAUCAGAGAGUGCACACGGGGGAGAAGCCUUACAAGUGUGACGUUUGUGGUAAGAGCUUUGGUUGGCGGUCAAAUCUUAUAAUUCAUCACAGAAUCCACAGCAGCGGUAAACCUUACAAAAGCAAGAGGGACGGUCAAAACAUCAAGGGAUCCAUUCAGGAAAAGUGUUCUAUAAAGUAGUGCUUG